AUGGCUUUGAAUCAUGGUGGUACGAAUUCAAACGAUGUUGGUAACAUUCGCAAGAUUCAAAUUCCAGCCGCGUUUCAACAAUCACAACCACAACCACAACCACCACCACCACCACACCAACAGAACUUGAAUAACUCACGAUCGCAGCAAAGCAGUCGCGUGAUGAGGCCUACCAACCAUCGAUACGAAGAGAGUCCUCGUGCCGGCAUUGACAUUGAAGCGAACUCCUUGAGCUCGCCAUCACGAGAUCAAGAAAUGAGAUCGGCGGUCCGACGAUUGAGUCCGUACAGCAGCAAUCAAGCACCGGAACAACCAGAACCGCAACCACAAUCACAGACGAUGGAGCUGGUGCGAGAAAAUAAAGUGCAAACGCUGGCGCAAAUGCUUCUUGUAUCACAAGAUACGGCGUUGCGCGCAUUGUUAGAGACCGACUGGAAUAUGGAACAAGCUACGGCCAGGAUUCUCGAGGUUGGUGGUGGUGGUCAAGUGAACCCUCCUUCUGCUGCUACUGCAAAUAACACCACCAACAAUACUAGCAGAAGUAGUCGGAACUACCACCACACUAACAACAGCCGAAAUGUUGCUAAUACUACGACUACACCACCACCUGCCGAUAAGAAGAAGCCAGAUCGGUUGAUCAUUGGAUUGAUCAUUGGAUUUUUCGUGGUUGGAUCCAUCACUCUUGGAUUGCUGCAGUGGCAGCACGGAGAAGAAAUCAAUAGCCAGAAAAAAUCCAAACCCAGAAUAUUCAACGAUUAUUUUGUGGGCAAAUUCAAUGGGACGGUCAUCCUCAAAAAAGCCGAAACCUUGGAACCGGGAGAGUUUGCGUCCUCUCCCUCUGGUAACUAUCGAGUGGGAUUGACCUUGGAAGGUGAUUUGGUACUCCAACAAGUUGUCUAUGAGGAUAAAACUCCAACAAUUAUGAUCAACAAUGAAACUGCUGAUAUUAUGGUAAAUAACAACGAAACUGCUGACAUGAUGCAAAAUAACAAUGAAACUACUACCAAAAGUGGGGUUCCAGAUACCACUGCUAGUGACAAUGCGUUUGAAACCGAUACGGAGGACAACACUGCAAACGAUGAUGAGGAGGAACGUACCAUCCUGGAAAUCACCACCAUUUGGAGCGCGGGCAUUCAAGGCUCAGAUGUCUAUAUGCAAACGGAUGGAAACCUAAUCAUUCGCAAGAAUGGCACAAGUGUAUGGGGCAGUGGAACCCAUAAACACGACGGCGCGACUCUUAUCGUGGACGAUGGCGGCCGGAUUGGCGUUCGAUUCAUGGAGACUCUGAUUUGGAUGCAAGGCUUGCCCCAGGGAUUCUACCAAGGACCAUCUUCAGAAGACUUGGUCUUUCCCGUUCGGGGAGCAUUUUACUACCCUUGGUAUCCACAAACUUGGAAAGUAUCGUCUGGCGACCAGGCGCGGUUUGAGCCGGACUUGGGCUACUAUGUUUCGGGUGACCCAAACGUAGUGGAUUCGCAUAUUGAUCAAUUGGAGUAUGGAAGGUUUGAUUUGGGAAUCAUUUCGUGGUUUGGUCCCGGUACCAAUUUGGACAUUGCUCGAAUUACCAACCUCAUGGACCGCACGUUGGAGUUAAAUGCCAAAAUCAAAUGGGCAAUAUACUAUGAAGAUGAAUGGAAAUUGGAUCCAAAUCAAGAGCUACUCAAGGACGAUUUUGAAUACAUCAAGAAAUACUUUGCAUGGCACCCGACCUAUGCACAUGUAGACGGCGGGAAGCCCUUGAUCUUUGUCUGGAAUGAAGGUGAAUGCGAGGUCGUCGAUCGGUGGAUGAAAGCAAGCAAUGAUGAAUGGUUUGUCAUUCCAAAGCUCUUUGGUGGCUACAAAGACUGCCCCGUCCAACCCAAUGAUUGGCAUCAAUAUGGGCCAGCAUCGCCGUAUGCUAGUUUCAAGGGACAUUCGAUUUCCAUCUCGCCAGGAUUCUGGCAUGCGGGGGAAGCCCAAGCUCGAUUGCCGCGAUUGAGUGAAAGCGAAUGGUGCGACAAUGUGCGGCGGAUGUCUGAAAGUGGGGAGCCGUGGCAGUUGGUGACCACCUUUAACGAACAGGGAGAAGGGACUUCCAUUGAGUCCACCGCAGCACACUGGCCAAGUCAGAGUGGAUAUGGAUACUAUUUGGACUGUCUCCAUUUCAUUCCCUAA